AACCCCUUGAGAGAGAGAGAGAGAGGGAGAGAGAGCGGACGAGCACGAAGACGAACCAGAAUUGAAAUACAUACAAUUGUAUAUCGAUACCUGUGCAUUCGAGAGAGAGAGAGAGAGGGAAGGAAAGGGUUUGAGAAGAGACUCAAUGCUCCUGUGGUUGAAAUUUUCCAGAGCUUAUUUGUGUGGUCGGAAUUGAGGUUCGUUGCAUCAAAACCAAAAACCCUAGAAGAGAGAGGAAGUUGGAAGGAGGGCGCUGGUUUAGCCCUAGCUGAAAAUUUUCCGAGUUUUGGUUGCAAUUCAGGAACUUGAUGGUAGUCAUGAAUUAAUAAGAGGAGAAUUCUUGUGUAAAUCAAGGUUGGAAAGCAUGGGUGCAGCUUACAAUCUACCCUUCUAGUCCAUGCUGAGGCUGAUUCCAUGGGAGGAGUUGUUGAAAAUGGAGUUGGAAUCAAUACCAAAACUUCUCCACGACUCGCAGCAAUUGAGAAGGCUCAAGCAGAACUGAGGCAGGAGUAUGAUGUCCGUGCAGAAAGGAGAAGAGAGUUAGAGUUUUUGGAGAAAGGUGGCAAUCCCUUGGACUUCAAAUUUGGUAGUGCAGCAUCUAUUAGUGUCCAAUCUACUUCACUGACAGAUCAGCCUCCUGAGCAGAUUGUGACAAGUGAAGCUAAAGGUAGUUUUGCAUUGACUGCUUCGCCACGUGGAGGAGAUUCUGUUGAAAGCAGUGGCAGGCCAGGUGCUCCUACAGUUUCUGAACCCAAUUGUGCUGAUAAUCUGUUGUUAUUAGAUGGUGAAAGUGAAUUUGUUGAAGCUGAAAGAAAUUCUGUGCAACCCAGCCGGGCAAACAUUGUUCUUUCAAAACAAUCUUCUCAGUUGGAUAAGAGUCAAAAUGCAAAAGGGUCAGGGGACUCAGCUGCUUUUGGCCUUCCAAAUCGAGCAUAUAAACGAAGAAACAGGUCACGACCUAAUCGUGAUGGUGCUAGAUCAGGUUCAGCAGAUGUAGUUCCAUCUCGGGGUGGUUAUGGCUCUUCCUUGCCUUCACGCCAUGUCCUGAAAGUUGUGAAGAGGUCGGUACUUGAUAUGCAAAAAGACCAGAAUGUUUCUUCAAAUUGCAACUCAAUGCCUACAAGUCCAAGCAGUAAUGUAGCUGUUAAAGUUGUACCUUCUGAUGGUCAGGUAGAUAGGGUGUUAGAUAAUGUACAAGCCACUGAACCCACUAGUGGACUGGCAAAACUUUGUCAGCCAGAGCCUCUACCUGAUUUUAAUGCAUCCAAAAGCUUUCAGGAUAACCAACAUCAAUCUGCUCAAAUUGAUGCUCAGGAAAAAUCUGCUGUAGGAUGUGAGGGGGCUGAUUCUGUUUAUGGAAGAGAUGAUGUAGCUUCAGUUCGUUUGCCUCUUUCUAUUCCUAUAGAAGGAGCUGAAAAUCAAACUAGUUGUGGUCAACUGAAUGGGUUUAGCACUUCCAGGGGUGAUAAAAAAAUCACACCAAAUGAAGUUCAAAAUAGCAGUGCUGCAUUUAGCACAAAGGGUUUAGAGUCAGAAUCCUCAUGCACCCAAACCAGCUUUAGCUUAGAUGGAAAUAAUGAUAGUCAUCCACCUAAUAAUGUAAGAAAUGUUGAUUCUGAUGGAAAUGAUAAGGAACAAACCUUGGAGGCUGUAGGAACACCAAAUAUAGAAGGGGAUGAAAUGAUAAAAGAAAAGAAUGAGAAGAAGGCUGAUGGCCAUUAUCCUUCCACAAAUGCUGAACCCUCAACUUCCAUUCAUCAAAGCCACCAAAGCAAUAGUUGUAUUUCUAGAACUGGGGAAGAAUUACGUGGAAGUGGAUCUGGCUCACUAAAUGAGGUGAAGUCGCUUACCAAAAUUAAGGGGAUGGAAGGUGAUGGUAUUAAUGCAUCAGAUAUGGAAAGAAACCCUGGACAUUUAUUGGUUGAUAAUUUGAACCCUAAAAAUGGAAGUGAUUGUGCUGGUAGACUUAGGAGCCCUAUGGAAUCCUCUGCCCACUAUAAUUUGAAUCCUCAAGAGGAGAAUUCUUGUGCUAGGCUGCAGGAUUCCAUGGGUCCCUCUAUGCCUGUGCUUGGGGAGACUACAUUGUCUGUUAGGGGUUCCGCUGAUGCUCCUGAGCAACAAACUUGUUUUGAGACUGACUCGAGCUUGGCAAACAGAGAACGUGAAGAUUCUAUCUUAGAAGAGGCUCAGAUCAUAGAGGCGAAGCGCAAAAGGAUUGCUGAGCUGUCUGUUGUUACCUUGCCCUCAGAUGAUCAUAGAAAAUUUCACUGGGACUUUGUCCUGGAAGAAAUGGCAUGGUUGGCAAAUGAUUUUGUCCAGGAGCGGCUCUGGAAGAUUACUGCUGCUGCUGAAGUAUGCCAUCAAAUUGCUUCUACUUCUCAGUUCAGAUUUGAAGAACAAAAUUUAUGCAGGAAGCAGAAAAAAGUGGCUCACACCUUAGCAAAAGCUAUUAUGGAGUUCUGGCAUUCAGCAGAGGAACUGAGCAAAGUAGGGCUGCAAUGUCCUGGAAGGAAUUUUUCAUAUGCUGUUCAGGGAUAUGCAGUAAGGUUUUUGAAGUAUAAUUCCUCUCUCAUGCCACUUAGCCUAAGCCUAGUUGAAGCACUGGCAACACCUGACAGGAUAUCUGAUUUUGGCAUUCAAGAAGUGUCACGGGAUGAAGAAAUCCUUUUCUAUACGGUGCCUCCUGGUGCAAUGGAAAAAUAUAGAAAAUCAAUGGAAUCUCAUUUAGUGCAUGUUGAGAAAACUGGCAGUAGCAUCCAACAGGAAGGAGACACUUCGAUGUAUGAUGUUGUAACAGAUUAUGGAUCUCAAGAACAUGUGCUCGAAGAGGAUGAAGGUGAAACAAGCACGUAUAAUUUUUGUGGAGGGUAUGAGGGUAGCAAGCCAUCAAAAUCUGCCCAGAAAAAGAAAAAUUUACCAAAAUCUUCUGCUGUGAGAUCAAUCAAUCUAGGAGCUCUAUGCAUGGAAGAUAAAGUUGGGAUUCGACAAUCUAUAUCAAUGGGAAAACGGCCUGCCAACAGUCUCACUGUUGGUCUGAUUCCAACAAAGCGCAUACGGACUCCUUCCAGGCAGAGGGCUUUGGUGCCGUUCAAUUCUGGCACUUCUGGGGGUUUUCUCAGUCCAAUUAAGACCGAUGCUUCCAGUGAUGAUACCAAUUCUUUUCAGGAUGAUCAGAGUACUCUGCGUGGCGGUUGCCAGAUUCCAAAUAGUUUGGAAGUUGAAUCUCUGGGUAACUUUGAAAAGCAAAUACCAUUUGAUUCUGCAGAAGUAUCAAAACCUAAGAAAAAGAAGAAGGCAAAGCAUCUGGAGGCUUCCACUUAUGAACAGAGAUGGCAGCUCGAUAACAACUUUCAAACUGAGCUGAGGGAUCAUCCAAAAAAUAGAUUGGACACUUGUCAGCUCGAGUCGAACGGAAGCAAUGGUCUAUUUGGCCAACACAUAAUGAAGAAGCCAAAGUUGAGGCAAUCAGUAGAUAGUUCAUUUGACAAUCUUACUCCAACAGCUGGAUCAAUUCCUUCUCCCGUGGCUUCCCAGAUGAGUAAUAUGUCCAACCCUAAUAAAUUCAUUAAAAUCCUUGGUGGCCGGGAUCGGGGAAGAAAAGUCAAGUCACCGAAGAUGCCUACUGGACAACCUGGGUUAGGAAGUUUAUGGUCAGUCUUCGAAGAUCAGGCCCUUGUUGUCCUUGUGCAUGAUCUGGGUCCGCAUUGGGAACUUGUUAGUGAUGCUAUCAACAGUACUUUUCAGUUAAAGUGUAUAUUUCGUAAACCCACUGAAUGCAAGGAGCGCCAUAAAAUUUUAAUGGAUGGGACUCCUGGUGAUGGUGCUGACAGUGCUGAAAAUUCAGGGUCUUGUCAAACUUACCCAUCUACCUUACCAGGAAUUCCUAAGGGCAGUGCCAGACAGCUGUUUCAACGUUUGCAGGGGCCAAUUGAAGAAGAUAUGAUCAAAUCACAUUUUGAGAAAAUUAUAAUGAUUUCGCAGAAGCAGCAUUGUCGUAGGAGACAGAAUGAUAACCAGGACUCAAAACCAAUCCAGCCACACAAUUCCCAUGUGCAUGCUUUAUCUCAAGUUUGCCCAAAUAAUCUGAAUGGUGGCCAUCCACUCACGCCUCUUGACCUCUGUGAUACAACUGCACCAAGCCCCGAUGUUCUUUCACAUGGAUGCCAAACCCCCCAUGCCAGUGGUUUAGGAAUAUCAAACCAGGGCACAGUUGCAUCUGUUCUUCCCGCUUCCACUGCAAAUUCCUCAUUACAAGGACCUUCAAACAUGGGUAUUGGCAAUAACUUUUUGGCUCCAUCUGCUCCACAUAAUUCCUCUGUUAGGGAUGGUAGAUAUGGUGCUUCUAGGUCAGCAUCUUUACCUACUGAUGAGCAGCAGAGGGUGCAGCAAUAUAAUCAGAUGCUAUCUGGUAGAAACAUUCAGGCACCUUGCCUACCUCUUUCUGGGGCUUCUCCAGGAAGUGAGCGUGGUGUUCGUAUGAGGCCAAGUGGGAAUGGCAUGGGCAUUAUGUCUGGAAUGAAUAGAAGUAUGCCUAUGGCAAGGCCUGGGUGUCAAGGAAUUGCCCCAUCACCUAUGCUGAACUCUGGGAGUGUCCUUUCCUCCAGUAUGGGAACAGUGCUGAGCCCUGUUAGUACACACUCUGUAGCUGGUGGUGGUCAAGGGAACUCAGUGUUGAGACCUCGGGAUUCUUUAAAUAUGAUGAGGCCUGGCCAGAACCCAGAGCAUCAAAGGCAGAUUGUGGUGCCGGAGCAUCAUAUGCAGGUAACCCAGGGGAACAACCAAGGAGUUUCUGCUUACGGAGGGUUAAGUUCUGCGUUCUCCAAUCAGACUUCUUCUCCCCCUGUUCAGACAUAUCCGCAACAUCAAAUGGUCCCAAAACAGUCUCAUGUGCUGAAUAAUCAUCACCAUCCACAUCCACAUCCACAUCCACAUCCACAUCUUCAAGGACCAAAUCAUGCCUCUAGCCCCCAGCAGCAGCAGGCGUAUGCAUUUCGCUUUGCAAAGGAGAGGCAGUUACAGCAGAGAUUACUGCAGCAGCAGCAGCAGCAAUUUGCUUCAUCCAGUGUUCCCAUGGCACAUGUACAAUCACAGCCCCAACUCCCCACAUCAUCUUCUCUGCAAAGUAGUUCUCAGGUUCAACCCCAAACUUCUGGACCAGCGUUAGUGCCUGUGACACAAUCAUCUUCAUCUAUUCCCAUGUCACAGCAUCAGGAGACGCUUCACAUGCCUCCUCAAGUGCUGAACAGGAACAGCCAAACAGGUGGUAAUGGAUUAAUUAAUCAGAUUGGGAAACAACGGCAACGGCAGCCACAGCAGGCAUUUCAGCAAACUGGCAGGCACCAUCUUCAGCAACGGCAACAGCCACAGACUCAACAACCAGCUAAACUUGUUAGAGGAGUAGGAAGAGGGAACAUGCUAAUGCAUCAGAACCUGACGAUGGAUCCCUCUCUUCUGAAUGGCCUUUCCACAGCUUCAGGUGGCCAAUCUGCAGAAAAAGCUGAUCAGGUAAUGCAUUUGAUGCAAAGCCAGGGUGUACAUCCUGGGCCAGGACUAAACCCUAUCCAAGCAUCGAAACCUUUAAUGCCUCCCCAUUCUUCAAAUCAGCCGUCUCACUCCCAGCAAAAUAUGUAUUCUGGCCAAGCAAUCACUUCAUCAAAGCAUGUUCAGCAGAUGCCUUCUCAUUCAGAUGUACCAGCAGGUUCUGGUCAUACAAUACCAGGUUCCCAACCUGUUCCACCUUCAGUUAUGGGUUCUUCAAACCUCCAGCAACUACAGGCACAGCAAAAGUCAGUGAAUCAAACUCUACCGACUGUUCAAAGAGUGGUCCAGCAAAAUCGUCUACUGAAUUCUGACCCUCCAAGCAAGUCACAAGCAAAUCAAGCUCAAGCUGAUCCACAGGCUGUGAGCAGCUCAUUUCAGAUGGGUACAACAAUGGCCAUACCUCAGUCCUCUGGUAGUACAAUUACUGUAAGACCAGCAGUUUCGUCCUCAGGCACUCCGUGGAAAGCGCCAGAACAAAUGUAUGAUUCGGGUAUGUUAAAUCCAGCAGUGCAGUUGGCUCCUACCGGGAGUCCAGCUUCGGCAAAUUCAGCUGGGAGUGAACCCAUUCCUACAGUCAGCCAAGGGCUAGGGCAGGGGCAGUCAUCAGGUAGUUUGGCUCCUGGUGGUGCACAGUGGCAGCAGCUGCAGCAAUCACAACAACAGCUGCCGCCACAGCGUUUGCAGGCAGGGAACAGCAGUUUGUACAUCAUACCUGCCAACUCCAAACUGGAAUGAAUAGUUUUUCAAUGGACUGGCAAAUUGCGAUUCCUGAGAGCAGCUGACUCCACCUGGAUUGGGUUCGCAUGCUCUUGUAAUAGCACUGUACAGAUGAAGGCAAUCACCUAUCAUGGAAAUGUAAAAUGAAAAAGCGGUGAUGAUCAUUGCAGGUUUUCUUGAGAUACCAGAGGAAUAGUGGCAGGAUAAACUUUUCUUUUUGUUUGGUAAUGUACAUUGUUGUUACCCUAGAAACUCUUGAGAGAUAGAUAUAGAGGUGCUUGUACA